UGACCUUGUCCUGGGGUAAAAAGUGCAUAACAGCACAUGGAAUUGCAUAGGAAGCACUUUGCAAAGCCCAAGUGGGAGUUCUCAAGACUAAAAUCCCACUUCAAAUACAGUUCCAAACAUGUUUCAUGAACUGGCAACCCAGUUUAGGGGUUGAGUGAGAAAUGAGACCUGGACCAUGUCUGUCUCUGUUAUUCUUUAUUAACAACCUUGUAAUCUCUUCUGGUGCAGGCAGGGCUUGCAGAAAUAUUUGAGCAAAUGGGGUAAGUGUUAGAAAUGCCUUAAAGCUGAAUGGUUUUCUGUAACAAGGAAAAAGCCUUCCUUGCUGUUUGUUUACUUCUGAUUUAUUCCCCAGUAAAAUGGGGUGAAGUUUGUCCUUUGUGAGCUCAAGGUUCCCUACAAAACCCACUAAACUUCAGUGAAGUGUCUGAUGUGUUAUUGUCAUUCCCUCAAAAAAGCAGCUGCAAUAGCAUGGGAAAAACAAUCCCUCCACUUUGGGGGAAUCAGAAGGGUGGAAGAGGCUGGUCUCUCAUCUGACAAAUAAAUUAGCAUCAAAACUAUGAUGUUUAGAGAAUAAAUUGCUGUUUCCUCCAUUAGUGGCAUUUCAUAGCUUGCAACCACUGAAAGCACAGUCGCUGAUCUAACCAUUAAACCAAGCUCUUCUGGGAGUGGGAAGGAAAACAAAUGCUGAGAUGACAUUUAUGAGGUGUGCUUAUUCAGGCAGUCCAUUACUGCUUUGGCUCCUCACUCUACGUGCUGAGGGGCUGAUCCUGCAUGGAAGUCAAUGGAUGUCUUUCCACUCCCCUGGCUCACUCCAUUGAAAAGGAACAUGCACAGACUGAGGAGGAAGAGGAAAUAUUGGAGCUAAUUGAAAAGAGUGAGUUUAGGAGGAGCUGUAGAGGCCAGACAGGUGAUUGUAACUUUACACGAGUUAUUGUGUUAUAGCUGAAGAAAGAUCAGACAGUGGGAAAUGCUGCCUGAUGGAAAGGGAUAUUGGCUGCUAAAAAGGCAUUUUUACACAUGUGAUUUUAUUGCUGUCUCUAUGACUGGAGUCUCUGCUUCUCUUGUAUCUCACUACUUUUAUACUAAAAUAUCCCUGUGAUACAAGCAUUGACACCAGAACCUUCUACCUGCAGAGAGCUCCAUUUAUCUUCAUGCUCUUGAUAAAUCAUCAUACAGUGGAGCUCACUAUGCAGCUACAAGCCCUGGAGUUCAGAUUCCACAGCAACCUUGGAGUAAUUUAAAACAUAGAAAAGGGAUGGGAUGAGCUUGGUGUUGAUGCACACUUUGACAAUGUCUCGAGUUUCUUACAUGGUCCAAACUUGAGCAGCCUUCAAGCAGUGGAGGGGUGAAGGAAAUACAGAAUUUAACAUUGGUUAAAUCAUAACAGAUCACAUAUUUAUUUUAUCUGCCUCUGUUUUCAGUUGAGCUGAGACUCAGCAGGCAUCUUUGCCCAAGUCUUCUACUUGAGGGAGUUAAACUUUCUACAACCCACUGUAUUUGCUCUAACCUGGGAACAACAGCAGCUUCCUUCAUCUCUGGUGACAUUUCCUUCAGAAUCACACUGGGAUUCUGGAAAACCACUGUUAUUAUACAUCAGAGCAAGCUCAACAGCUUGGGUGAAGUGUCCUGUUCUCGGAGGAUGCAACACACGAGCAGUUUUGUUGGGUAGUGUGGCUGCUGUUAAUCCCUGUUCCUUCUUUUUUUAGGGAACAAACACACCAGGAAAGAAAAGGAUCUCCAGCUUGGUUUGGCCUGGCUCUCCAAUUUCUGCCGCAGAUUACAAAGGCCCGGCAGACCUAAGACUCUCUCAGCCUUGAAAGGGAACCAGGCACCACCAUGGGACUCCCCAGCCGGGUCUUGGCCUGUGCCAUCCUCGCUUUGCUGUCCCAGCACGUCACUGGGGGACUCAUCAAGAGAAUUAUCCGGCAGAAGAGGGAAACUGGGCUGAACGUGACCUUGCCAGAGGAAAACCAGCCUGUGGUGUUCAACCAUGUCUACAACAUUAAGCUGCCCGUUGGCUCCCUCUGCUCCGUGGACCUGGACACUGCCAGCGGCGACGCCGACCUGAAGGCAGAAAUUGAGCCUGUCAAGAAUUAUGAGGAGCACACGGUGAACGAGGGGAACCAGAUUGUCUUCACUCAUAGGAUUAACAUUCCCCGCCGGGCCUGUGGCUGUGCAGCUGCCCCAGACAUUAAGGAUCUGCUGAGCAGACUAGAGGAGCUGGAGGGGCUGGUCUCCUCCCUGCGGGAGCAGUGUGCCAGCGGGGCUGGAUGCUGUCCUAAUUCCCAGGCAGUAGAAGGUCGCCUGGACACCACACCCUAUUGCAGCGGGCACGGCAACUACAGCAUCGAGAUCUGCGGCUGCGUCUGCGAGCCCGGCUGGAAGGGCCCCAACUGCAGCCAGGCCUCGUGUCCCUCCGACUGCAACGACCAGGGCAAGUGCGUGGACGGGCUGUGCGUGUGCUUCGAGGGCUACACGGGCCCCGACUGCAGCCAGGAGCUCUGCGGCCAGGGCUGCGGCCCCCACGGGCGCUGCGUGGGUGGGCAGUGCGUGUGCCACGAGGGCUUUGUGGGUGACGACUGCAGCGUGCCCCUGUGUCCCCACAACUGCCACGGCCGCGGGCGCUGCGUGGACAGCGAGUGCGUGUGCGACGAGGGCUACACCGGCGAGGACUGCAGCGAGCUCAUCUGCCCCAACGACUGCUUCGACCGCGGGCGCUGCGUGAACGGCACGUGCUUCUGCGAGGAGGGGUUCACCGGGGAGGACUGCGGGGAGCUCACCUGCCCCAACGACUGCCAUGGCAACGGGCGCUGCGAGAACGGGCUGUGCGUGUGCCACGAGGGCUUUGUGGGCGACGACUGCAGCGACAGGAGGUGCCCCAACGACUGCCACCACCGCGGGCGCUGCGUGGGCGGGCAGUGCGUGUGCCACGAGGGGUUCCUGGGUGAGGACUGCGGGGAGCUGCGGUGUCCCAACGACUGCCACAACCGCGGGCGCUGCGAGAACGGGCAGUGCGUGUGCCACGAGGGCUUCACCGGGGACGACUGUGGCCAGCUGCGGUGUCCCAAUGACUGCCACAACCAUGGGCUGUGCGUCAACGGGCAGUGCGUGUGCCACGAGGGCUACACGGGCGAGGACUGCGGGGAGCUGCGCUGCCCCCACGACUGCCACCACCGUGGGCGUUGCGUGGAGGGGCGCUGCGAGUGUGACAACGGCUUCACUGGGGACCACUGCGGCGAGCUGGCCUGCCCCAACAACUGCCACGGGCGUGGGCGCUGCGUCGACGGGCGCUGUGUGUGCCAUGAGGGAUUCGUGGGUGAGGACUGCCGGGAACGCUCCUGCCCCAAUGACUGCAACAACGCGGGGCGCUGCGUGGAUGGGCGCUGUGUCUGCGAGGAUGGCUACAUCGGGGAUGACUGCUCCGAUGUGUCUCCUCCAACUGAGCUGACUGUGACCAACGUGACGGAUAAAACUGUCAAUCUGGAGUGGAAGCACGAGAACCUCGUCAACGAGUACCUCAUCACCUACGUCCCCACCAGCAGUGGGGGCUUGGACAUGCAGUUCACUGUGCCAGGAAACCACACAGCUGCCACCAUCCACGAGCUGGAGCCAGGCGUGGAGUAUUUUAUCCGUGUCUUUGCAAUCCUUAAAAACAAGAAGAGCAUUCCAGUCAGCGCCAGGGUAGCCACAUAUCUGCCUGCUCCAGAAGGUCUGAGAUUCAAAUCUGUUCGGGAAACAUCCGUCCAGGUGGAGUGGGACCCUCUGAACUUUUCUUUUGAUGGCUGGGAGCUGGUCUUCCAUAAUAUGAAAAAGGAUGAUAAUGGGGACAUAACCAGCAGCUUGAAAAGGCCAGAGACAUCCUACAUGCAGCCAGGUUUGGCACCUGGGCAACAGUACAAUGUGUCCAUCCAUAUAGUGAAGAACAACACCAGAGGACCAGGACUGUCCAAAGUCAUCACCACAAAGCUUGAUGCCCCCAGCCAGGUGGAGGCCAAAGACAUCACCGACACCACGGCUCUUGUCACCUGGUCCAAACCCUUGGCCGAAGUUGAAGGUGUAGAGCUCACUUAUGGCCCCAAGGACAUUCCAGGGGACAGGACAACCAUUGACCUCUCUGAAGAUGAGAACCAAUAUUUCAUUGGCAACCUGAGGCCGCACACAGAGUAUGAGGUGACGCUCGUCUCUCGUCGAGGGGACAUGGAAAGCGACCCUGUGAAGGAAGUUUUUGUCACAGACCUGGAUGCUCCCAGGAACCUGAAGAGGGUGUCCCAGACUGACAACAGCAUCACCUUGGAGUGGAAGAACAGCCACGCCAAUGUCGAUAAUUACCGAAUUAAGUUUGCCCCCAUCUCUGGUGGGGACCACGUGGAGAUUGCGGUGCCCAAGGGCAGCCAGGCCACAACCAGAGCUACACUCACAGGUUUGAGGCCUGGAACUGAGUAUGGCAUUGGAGUGACAGCAGUGAGGAACGACAGGGAAAGUGCUCCUGCCACCAUCAACGCUGGCACUGAUCUUGAUAACCCCAAGGACUUGGAAGUCAGUGAGCCCACUGAGACCACCUUGUCCCUUCGCUGGAGAAGGCCAGUGGCCAAGUUCGACCGCUACCGCCUGGUUUACAGCGGAGCCUCGGGGAAGAAGAGCGAGGUGGAGAUCCCUGUGGACAGCACCUCCUUCCUGCUGCGGGGGCUGGAUCCAGGCACCGAGUACACCAUCAGCCUGCUGGCAGAGAAGGGCAGGCACAAAAGCAAACCCACCACUGUCAAGGGUUCCACGGAGGAGGAACCCGAGCUGGGAGCAUUUUCAGUAGCAGAGACUGGCUGGGAUGGUUUCCAGCUCACCUGGACAGCAGCUGAGGGUGCCUAUGAGAGCUUUGUCAUUCAGGUGCAGGAGCCUGGGCAGCCCGAAGAGAGGAGGAACAUCACAGUGCCAGGGGGCCUGAGCUCUGCCAAUGUCACCGGCCUCAAGGCCAACACUCCUUACACCAUCACCCUUCAGGGGGUCGCUCGGGGCUACAGGACCAAGCCCCUUUCUCUUGAGACCACCACAGAAGAGCAGCCCGGCGUUGCUGAGCUAAUGGUCUCCGACAUUACCCCCGAAAGCUUCAACCUCUCCUGGACAGCCUCCAACGGGGACUUUGACGCCUUUACCAUUGAAAUUAUUGAUUCUAACAGGUUGCUGGAGCCCAUGGAGUUCAAUCUCUCAGGGGACUCAAGGACUGCUCAUAUCUCAGGGCUUUCUCCCAGCACUGAUUUCAUUGUCUACCUCUCCGGGAUCUCUGGCGGGUUCCGCACACAGGCAAUCAGUGCUGCAGCUACCACAGAAGCAGAACCCGAGGUGGACAACCUUCUGGUUUCAGACGCGACUCCAGAUGGAUUCCGUCUCUCCUGGACUGCGGAUGACGGGGUUUUCAACAGUUUUGUUCUAAAAAUCAGGGACACCAAAAAGAAAUCUGACCCCCUGGAGCUGAUAGUGCCAGGCCAUGAGCGCACCCAGGAUAUCACAGGGCUGAAAGAGGGCACUGAAUAUGAGAUUGAGCUCUAUGGAAUUAGCAGUGGACAACGUUCCCAGCCCGUAAACGCAGUAGCAUCCACAGUGGUUGGCUCUCCCAAGGGAAUUUCUUUCUCUGACAUCACGGAAAAUGCUGCCACAGUCAGCUGGAUCCCCCCUCGCUCCCGCGUGGAAAACUUCCGCAUCUCCUACGUCCCCGUCACGGGAGGUACUCCAAAUGUUGUCACAGUCGAAGGGAGCAAGACAAGGACCAAGCUGGUGAAGUUGGUCCCAGGUGUGGACUACAAUGUCAGCAUCAUCUCUGUGAAAGGCUUUGAAGAAAGCGAGCCCGUCUCUGGCACCCUGAAAACAGCUCUGGACAGCCCAUCAGGCCUGGUAGUGGUGAACAUCACAGACUCUGAGGCUCUGGCAACCUGGCAGCCAGCAAUUGCUGCUGUGGAUAACUACGUGGUGUCCUACUCCUCUGAGGAAGAGCCAGAAGUGACCCAGAUGGUCUCGGGGAACACGGUGGAGUACGACCUGAAGGGUCUCCAGCCCGCCACCGAGUACACGCUGAGCAUCCACGCGCAGAAGGACGCGCAGAGGAGCGAGAGCCUCUCCACCCACUUCACCACAGGGCUGGAUGCUCCAAGGGAUUUGAGUGCUGCUGAGGUGCAGUCAGAAGCUGCUGUGAUAAACUGGAGGCCUCCCCGUGCUCCAGUCACUGGAUAUCUCCUCAUCUAUGAAUCCAUCGAUGGCAGCGUCAAGGAAGUCAUCCUAGACCGUGGGACAAGUUCCUACAGCCUGGCAGAGCUGAGCCCCUCCACGCAGUACACCAAGGAAUGCUUUCUCUUCCCUGUCUGUGCAGCUGGGCUCCUCUAUCCCUACCCCAAGGACUGCUCCCAGGCCCUGCUGAAUGGAGAAGCCACCUCUGGGCUCUACACAAUUUACCUGAACGGGGACAAGGCUCAGCCUCUGCAAGUGUUCUGUGACAUGGGCGAGGAUGGGGGCGGAUGGAUCGUGUUCCUGAGGCGUCAGAAUGGAAAGCAAGAUUUCUACAAGAACUGGAAUACUUACGUGGCAGGGUUUGGAGAUCCUAAGGAUGAAUUCUGGAUAGGUCUGGAGAACCUGCACAAAAUCACUUCUCAGGGCCAGUACGAGCUGCGGGUGGACCUGAGGGACAAGGGGGACGCGGCCUACGCGGUGUACGACCGCUUCAGCGUGGGCGACGCCAAGAGCCGCUACCGCCUGCGGGUGGACGGCUACAGCGGCACGGCGGGUGACUCCAUGACCUACCACAAUGGGAGGUCCUUCUCCACCUUUGACAAGGACCACGACUCUGCCAUCACCAACUGUGCUCUGUCAUACAAAGGAGCUUUCUGGUACAAGAACUGUCACCGAGUCAACCUGAUGGGCAGAUAUGGUGACAACAGCCACAGUCAGGGCGUCAACUGGUUCCACUGGAAGGGCCACGAGUAUUCCAUCCAGUUUGCAGAGAUGAAGCUGAGACCCUCCAGCUUCCGGAACCUGGAGGGGCGGCGGAAGCGAGCGUAGAGCCCCGGGGGGCUGCGGGCAGGGGCUGGGGAGGGGAUGGAGAGGGG